AUGGUCCAGCAACAUCACUCCAUUAAAGUCUCCAGCUCCCAGAUGCAACGUACAUCUCAGACCACCAAGAUUGUGGGAGAGGAAGUUGUUUCUAGGAAAUCUUCUACCACUGUGGAGUACUUCAGCAUGGUGACACGCUCCUUUGAGAUCCCUUUAGGAGAAAGUAUCCCUGAAUUUGUGGAGAAGCCUCAUCCACUGACAGCCCCUGAGGGAGACAAAGCAGUAUUUCGAGCUAAAGUGAAAGGUAACCCCAAGCCCAGUGUAACAUGGAAAAGAGAAAGUGGGAUACCAAUAAAAGAAGGUUCAAAAGUGUUUUUUGAUAGUAUCAAUAAGGAGUUUGUGCUAAAGCUGGAGUCCCUCACCGCAGAUGAUGCUGAUAACUAUAAGUGCAUCGUUUCCAAUGACCAUGCUGAUAUUAUCUACACUGUGUCCUUGAUUGUGACUGAAAGUCAAGAAAAGUUGGAUUUCAAAAAAAUGCUUAAAAAAAGGGGCCCUCCUGCUCCAAAGAAGAAAGCGAAGAAGGUGACUGAUGAGAAGGAAAUGCUUGAAAUCCUCUCCAAGGUGCCGAAAAAGGACUUUGAGAAGGUCUGCAUGGAAUACGGCUUCACCGACUUCCGUGGGCUCCUCAAGAAGCUAAAGGAGAUGAAGAAGAAAGUGGAGGUUGAGGCAGUCAAAGUUCUAAAACCUCUUGAGGAUGUCUCAGCUAAAGUGGAUUCCACAGCUAUAUUUGACACCAUUCUGGAACUGAGGGACCCCAAUACUAAGAUGACAUGGUAUAAGGGUAAUGAUCCCUUGCGUAUUCAGUACUGCCUAGGAAAAUAUGAAAUAAAGCAGAUGGGUACAAAGUAUAUGCUGUACGUCUUAAACGUGAAUGAAAAAGACUGGGGCACCUACAGUCUAAUUGUAGCUGACAAGAAACUCUCAGCACAACUGAAAGUGAUAGAUGAGCCCCUAAAGUUCCUGGCAGAACUGAAGCCAUUGAAAGUGACAGAAAGGCAGACAGCAGUGUUUGAAAUCUGCCUGUCCAAAAAAGUGCCCAAUUUCACCUGGAAGUUCAAUGGGAAGGAGCUGAAGCGGGACGACAAAUAUGAGAUCAUCACAUCUGACGAUGGAUUAACCCACACAUUGAAAAUUAAGGAUGUUCGGCCCAGCGACAUUGGAGAGUUUAGCGCCCAGGCUGGGGAUCUGGUGCAGAAAGCGCCACUCUUCAUUGAACGAAUUCCAAUUAAAUUUGUCAGCAACCUGAAGAAUGUCCGAGUCAAGGAGAAGGGGAAAGCUUGCCUGGAGUGCGAGCUGACCUCUAAAGAUGUUACGCUGAAGUGGAUGAAGGAUGGGAGGGUGAUUGAGAGGUCUGACAAAUACAGCAUGACACAUGAAGGGAAGAGGGCAGAGCUGAUCAUUGACAAUGCUGAGCUGAGUGACUCAGGAGAGUACACAGUGGUUGCUAUGCAAGAUAAUGACCCAACGGAGUACUACAGCACUUCUAAUGUAACUGUGGAAGAGAGAUUUGCUACAGUCAAGAGCGGCAUGUCUGAUGUUCAGGCUCCAACUGGGAACCCAGCAGAGCUCUGCGUUGUCCUCAAUGAUGAGAAGGUAGAGGGAGUUUGGCUGAAGGACGGAAAAGAGAUCACGGAUAUGACAGGGAUCCAGAUAGUCAAGCAGGGAGCUGUCCACAAAUUGAUCAUUGACAAAAUGGGAGAGGAACAUGAAGGGAAGUACACGUUCAGAGCCAAGGGGGCAGAAAGUGAGGCCACCAUUGCCAUUGCAGAUGUUCCUGUCAUUGACCCAUCUGUGCUGGAGCUUUUGGCUGCACACCCAGUGACUGUGAAGGCCGGGCAUACAGCAUACAUCAAGGUCCCAUUCAAGGGAAAGCCACUGCCAAAAGUCACCUGGUUCAAGGAUGGUAUUGAGGUGACAGAAGAAGAGCGGGUUGUGAUGGAAAAAGCCAGUGACUAUGCAACGCUCACAAUAAAAAAGUGUGUGAGAGAAGACAGUGGAAACAUUAUGCUGAAGCUGAAAAAUGAUUGUGGUUCAGCUGUUGCUAAUAUGUUUCUCAACGUUGUUGACAAACCAAAACCACCGCAGGGUAAAGUGGAAUUGCUAGAGCGUACGGGAAAAUGCAUUAAAAUGAAAUGGAAAGCACCCAGAGACAAUGGAGGAAAGCAAGUGACCCACUUCAUCAUUGAAAAGAAGAUGGCUGGGAAAAAGUCUUGGAUCAAAAUUGGGGAAACUGACAGCAAACACACCACAUUUGCCACUGAUAAGGUAGAGGAAGGUAAAGCCUAUCAGUUCAGAAUCAUUGCUGUCAAUGCAGAAGGUCUGAGUGAUCCACUGGAGACAGAAGAAAUCUUUGCUGGAGAACCUAUUGAGCCCCCUGGACUGGCAUCUCAACCUCAAGUUACAGAUGUUACUAAGGAAGCUGUCACCAUCACCUGGAACCCACCAGCACAGGACGGCGGCUCCCCAGUACAAGGGUACAUUGUGGAAAGAAGGAAGAAAGGCAGCAACCUUUGGGUCCCAGUUACCAAAGAGCUAGUCCAAGAUACCAAGUUCAAAGUGGAUGGAUUGCUGGAGGAUACAGAAUAUGAGUUCCGUGUUACUGCUGUGAACCGUGCAGGGCCUGGACAACCCAGCGCAGCCUCAAACUCUGUUGUUGCAAAGGACCCCAUCAAGCCUCCGGGAAUGGUGAAGGGGAUCCAUGUGGUUGACUCUUCCAACUCCAGCAUUUCCUUGGCGUGGGAGCAACCAGAUCAAGGAGACUUGCCCUCAGGAUACAUACUCGAGAUGCGUGCAGAGAACACCAAGGAAUGGACAAAAUGCUCUAAGAUCCCAAUCUCCGGCACCAGCUACACUGUGGGAGGCUUGCAGGAGAGGCAGAAAUAUUUCUUCCGAAUCCGAGCGGUGAAUGAAGCUGGUGUGGGAGAACCAGCGGAGCUAGAUGAAGGAGUCUUAGCUAUGCCCCCUCCAGCCCCUCCUAAGUUUGAUCUAAGUACCAAGCUGAAGAGUCAUAUGGUGGUUCGCGCUGGGACAGCCCUCUGCAUUCAUGCUGCUUUUACUGGUUCCCCUCUACCAACUGUGACCUGGCAAAAAGAUGGAAUUCCCACAAAAGGGAGAGAGAUCAUCACCAAAGGCAAGAACCACUCCCAGUUCCUCAUCCACAGCACCAAGCGUUUUGAUUCUGGUGUGUACAGGAUCCUCCUUAGGAACGACUAUGGUGAAGCCCAUUAUGACAUCCAAGUACAUGUGGCAGAUUUCCCACGGCCACCAAAGAAUCUGCAGCUCGUUGAGGAAGUGCCGAACACCGUGACUCUGAAAUGGGAUCACACCCCAGAUAUAAUGGAUGAUGGGCAUGCCCAUUACGUCAUCAUGAAACGUGACGCUAGAACUGCCACCUGGUUCACUGCAGCUGAGAAAGUCUACAAUAACAAGUACACCGUCACAGCCCUGGUCCCAGGGAGGAAAUACUUUUUCCGAGUUAUUGCCCGCAAUGACAUUGGAGACAGUGACCCUCUGGAUUCCAAGGAACCCUGGCACAUCUCUAAAGACAAAGAGCGCUUCAAUGGCAAGUUGAAGGAGUAUCACGAGAGAGACUGGCGCCAGGCCCCCCACUUCAUUGCUCCGCUGAAGAACCAUGCAGUGCACCGGGGCCAGGACUGCACCAUGAGUUGUGCUUUCCUGGGCAACCCCCGCCCGGUGGUGACAUUGUACAAAGGCAAUGUGAACAUCACGGCCAAUUCUAAGUUCUGGUACAACUCAACAAGUGGCGUCUGCACGCUGAUGAUCCCCACCUGCAGCUCCAAGGACAGCGGCGACUACACCGUGGCCAUUGAGAACGAGCUGGGCCAGGAGAAAUGCAGCUGCGUGUUGACUGUGUAUGAUAAAGAUGAUAAAAGCCUCCUGGACUCAGUGACUGAAAGUCUUCAGAAGUCAAAGCACAUCAUGUAA